GAGCCGGGCGGCGCUGCUCGCAGUCGGGCUGGGAGGCGGUCGCGCGGGUCCUUGAGCGCUGCUCCGCGGCUCCGCGAGGUUCUUCUUUCUCCCGCGGAUCCGGCGCGCGGACCGCGAUGAGCUGGGAGCUGCUGCUCUCGCUGCUAGCGCUGGGCGCGCUGCUCGCGUUCGUGGUGCAGCUGUUGCGCUUCCUGCGGGCCGAUGGCGACUUGACCCUGCUGUGGGCCGAGUGGCAGGGGCGACGCCCAGAAUGGGAGCUGACCGACAUGGUGGUGUGGGUGACUGGCGCGUCAAGUGGGAUCGGAGAGGAGCUGGCUUACCAGCUCUCUAAACUAGGAGUUUCUCUUGUGCUGUCAGCCAGAAGAGUUCAUGAGCUGGAAAGGGUGAAAAGAAGAUGCCUUGAAAAUGGCAAUUUAAAAGGAAAAGAUAUACUUGUGUUGCCUCUUGACCUGACUGACAUAAGUUCCCAUGAAGCGGCUACCAAAGCGGUUCUCCAGGAGUUUGGUAAAAUCGACAUUCUGGUUAACAAUGGUGGAAGAUCCCAGCGUUCUUUGUGUGUGGAAACCAGCCUGAAUGUCUACAAGGAGCUGAUAGAGCUUAACUACUUAGGGACAGUGUCCUUGACAAAGUGUGUUCUGCCUCACAUGAUCGAGAGGAAGCAAGGGAAGAUUGUGACUGUGACCAGCGUCCUGGGUGUCAUGGCUGCGCCCCUUUCUAGUGGGUAUUGUGCCAGCAAACAUGCUCUUCAGGGUUUUUUUAAUGGCCUCCGAACUGAACUUGCCUCAUACCCAGGUAUAGUAGUUUCUAACAUUUGCCCAGGACCUGUGCAGUCAAAUAUUGUGAAGAAUUCCCUAACUACAGAAGUCACAAAGCCUCUAGGUAAUGAUGGAGACCAGUCCCACAAGAUGGCAACCAGUCGUUGUGUGAGGCUGAUGUUAAUCAGCAUGGCCAAUGAUUUGAAAGAAGUUUGGAUCGCCAAGCAUCCUUUUUUGUUAAUGAUAUAUUUGUGGCAAUAUAUGCCAACCUGGGCCUGGUGGAUAACAAAUAAAUUAGGGAAGAAAAGGAUUGAGAACUUUAAGAAAGGUCUGGAUGCAGAUGCUUCUUAUUUUAAAAUCUGGAAGACAAAACAUGACUGAAGGAGUACUUGCCUUUUUCAAGCCACUGGAGGGAGAAAUGGAAAACAUGAAAACAGCCAUCUUCUUAUGCAUUGAAGACUAACUUGCGGUUUUACUUCUUAAUAGAUAGAACUUUCAACAUGUCAUAAAUAAAAAGUUGCCAUAAUCUUUCAAUAAAGAUAGUAAUACCUACAGCAUGCUUGGAUAAAAGAGCAUUUUAACAUACUGUAGCAUUAUGCUUAAGAUCUAGAUCAGCAGAAUGCUAACCAAAGAAGUACAGCAAUCCAUUUAACAUAAAAGUAUGGAAUAAUACAUGAAGCAGAGUGCUGGGUAAUGACAAAAUAUAAAGAAAAAUCUGAAACGGUCCUGUCUCCAAGGCACUCUCUUAGAAAAAUUGACAGGCACAAAUGACUGUAAUUUGAAGCAGUAAAUAGGACUCUUAGUAGCCAUAAUUUAUUAAAUGCCAUUUGACCUAUUAUAUGCCAUUUGUUGUACUGAGGUGCUUUGUAUUGGUUAAUUCAUUUAUUCCUCAACAGCACACUAAGGUAGUUGGUAUUAUCCAUCUUUAGAGAUGAAGAAAGAGAUGCCCAGAGCAGGUAGGUGUUUCUUUCCCAAGGUCACAGAGCUAGUAAGGCGGAAAAGUCAUGAUUUAGCUCAGCUCAGGAAGACUCCAUUGGUAACUCCUUACUCUAAUUAUUAUAAUUCAUUUUACUUUAAUCUUUAGCACCUUACAGUAGAAAACAUGCAAUGGCCACAACAGGAAAUCAAAUAUUCCUUAACUCUCUACUGUCAAGGGGUUGUAACAGGAGAAGAAAAACAUGGUUCUUCUUUAGAAGCAGUUAACAGUUUAGCUAUUACCAAGGUAACAUAGAUAAAAUAACUGUGGAAUAGUUGUUGAGGAAGUUGCAAGUCACCCUGGUGGCUAUUCUUGGGAAAGGGGGAAGGUGAUAAUGUGGUGGAGGUACAUCAUGGGGUAUAAAAUCAACAGAAGAAACACAUACAUGCAUACACAGCAACAUGGAUAUAUCUUAGAAGCAUGGUGAUGAGUUAAGUAAAUGAACUAUAACAGUUCUGUUUAUAUACACUUAAAUUUAUGUGCAUAGACGGUAGUGCUUGUUUUGCAAGAAAACAUACAAUGAAAAGAUAAGCAUUAGAUGUAUUAUAAUGGCUGCUUAGGAUGGGGAGAAGAAUGGAGGUGUUCUGUUGGGGGUAAAAUGUAAUAAACAAGAAAGGGCUCUUGUACAACCAGUGAUGGAAAUGAUGAUUAAUUGAAUACACACUGCACCUGGGGUAAAAACAAAAAACGAAUUGUUGGAAGAAUUCUAGAAUGCUACAAGAUAACACAUAUGUCAUGUGGCAUGCAAAUAUCAGUAGUUCCGAAGAGGAAGUGAUUUGCAGAUAGUGUAGAAAGUCUUUGUGGAGAAGGUGUGACUUCCACUGAGCCUGGAAAGGGUGGAAUUCCCACUGAGGCUGCAGGAGAUGGGGUCCAGGUCAAUUUUGUUGUACUUGUGUCAUUGAACCUCCAGGGCUUGGCAUUGUGUUUGCCAGUGUUUAGGGCUUGUUGGGAUUAUGUAAGCCCGGCAUUCUUUGCCUCCAGAAUGUCAUGAGUGAAAAUUUAGACUGAAAUUAGCAUAGUUUGGGAAUGGGAAAAUGAGUUCAGUUUGCUCAAUUACUCCAGCCAAUGAAGGGUAGAAGAGAUAUAAAUUAAAAUUUUAGAAAUUCAUCUGUAUGGUGUUUUUCUAUGGUAUGUAAUUAAUACACACUGUUCUGUGUAUAAACCCUGUUUCUUCCUUAGGUUCUUUUGUCAGCAGCCGGAGAUGGAAAGGCAGAUUUUUGUCAAAGUUUAUUUUGUUAAAGGUAGUCAAGAGCUGUGAAACCGAGUGUUCACAUAUUGAGUUUUUAAAAAGUGGUUAUUUUGCACUGACAUCUCAUUUCCUAAUUAUUAUCUCGAAUGGCCCUUUGAAAUAGGAAGGAAAUGGUGUGCUCAUUCUAGCGGUGCUGAAGCUGAGGCAUAGAUGGGGUUGUGCAAGAGCAGAACUGGUAAGUCGGGAGAAGAGUUCCCAGUAGAAGCUAUGGCUUCAGGGUCAGACUGGGUACACCAGUAAGUCACAUGAGGCCUCAGUUAAUCAGUUAUUCAGAGGCAGAUUUAAUGAACAUUCUAUUAUUUUUAACACCUGUUUUGAAGUAUAAUUGAUGUACAAUAAACUGCACUUAUUUAAAGUACACAAUUUGGUAAGUUUUAUCUUUCUCUUCUUUUGCCUUAUUACACUUUUCCCCUCAGUUAGCUUAGUAGUUAUAUACUUGUUGUUUUUUUUUAAUUUUAGUGGUUAUCUAUAGAUGAUACAGCAAAAUCUAAUUUACUUGGUGCUUUUAACUUCUUUCUGAAUAACACAAAGAUCUAGAACUUUGUGUUAACUUCUGCACCAACUUGUAUUCUAUUAUUGCCAUGUAUUUUAACAUUUAUUUUAACCUCCAAACUAUUUUAUAUCAUUAGUAAUAUAACCAUAUAAUUACCUUUGUUAUUACUGUUCAUUCCUUCCUGUAUCCCUGAGCUGUUUCUGGAUUAUUUUCCUCUGUAUGAAAAAUACUCUAUUACUUGUUUCCUUUUAUGAGAACCUGCUAUUGAAUUUAUUGUGUUUGAAAGUGUCUUUACCUUCAUUCUUAAAGAGUUGUUUUGGGGGGAAAGGCUGAGUAUAGAAUUCUGUUCGCAGUUACUGUUUUUUUAGCAAAUUUAUCAUUCCAAUGAUUUCUGGUUUCUGUAUUUUCUAUUGAGAAGUUGUCAAUUUAAUAAAAUUGUUGCUUCUUUGAUAAUGUC